GCGGCGCUGCUCCGGAGAACCGGCGGCCCCUUUAGCCGCACGCAGCCCGCGGACUCCGGCCCACGGAGGCACAUUUCGAGUCCUGUUGAUCGGUCCAACAAAUGUGUGGCUCCAGCAGCUAGGUGGCUAACGCUAGCGUCAUAACAACCACGCUUCCACAGGCAGCCGGCGGCGGCGGCGGCGGCCGCUGCCAGGCCGGCUCCGGGGCCGCGUCUCCGGCCUGGGGCUGAAAGGAGGAGCCGUGGCGGCUGUGCGGCGUAGCUAGCGGCGUUAGCCGUGACGCUAGCUGGGUCUGCAGCUGGAGCUGGAGGCAGCCACGGCGGACACAGGCCUUCCUGUCUGUGGCAGGCAGUUAGCCACCACACAGCAGCUACACAACACAGGCAGACACACAAAGUGCUCCAGUAACAACCCGAUCACCCGCGGUUCGUCCCGUCACCCGGACUCGCGCUGCUCCCCCACAGCAGCCCGCUAGCCCGUAGCCUCGCUGCUAGCGUGGACAGACUGUAAACAUCGUGAUAACAGUGUCGUCUGGUUUUAUUGUUCAGUCACUGAUGUAUUUGAGCAGGAGGACACAAUGACAACACCUGCCUGCCCACACUGCAUCUGCCAUCAGUGCCUUGCUCAGCGGCUGUGGCACUGAGCAGGAAGCGGUCUGUGUGGAAAUUUAGUUUAGCCUCAAACAACGUGUUCACUCGAACCAAACAGAUCUGGUUGAGUAUUUGUUACUACACAGUCAUAUUUAGGUCUCAGGCGUCUCUUCCUUCCACUGUUUAAGGUUCGGAUGGUCGACAGUUCUAUCCUUGCUCCUUCAGCUGACUCGGACUGACGCACCUGCCUGUUAACACUUCACAUCCUCUGUCCUCGGUGUAGUGUGACUGAUGGCGGCUUCGUUGCAGGACCUCGUUUUCAAACGUCAUCUCUUUAAGCUCUUGCUUGUUUGCUGCUUUUGUCAUGAUUUGAGGGACAGAUUUAAGGGUUCACAGCUGGACCGGACCCAGGUUAGGGUUCGGUACCGUAGUGAGUCAAAGCUCAGAAACCCGAGUGUAGUUGGAGUCAGAGAUCCACAGUCAGCGACUUUGUCCUCUGUGAUGUCCCAGUGUUGACGUGAAGCUUUUGUGUAUUUGUUAUUGGGAAGAUUUCAGUUGGGGCUCUAUUGUGUUUGUGUGGGAUUGAAGGGUUCACUGCUGCUAAAAGCUGAAAUGGAGGGUUGAGUAGGAAGCAGCGGUUUCCCUACAUGCUCUGCUGCUGGAGCACUCUGUGUCUCCACUGUGGUUAAUCCACCAGUGCAGCUGCACAGGGAGGGAGGCAGGCCAUUAUGCAUGGAUCUAGAGAGGAGGAAGAACUUGGGGAAAUGUCUCCUCCUGCUCAUUUUAUCUGUGAGUGUGCUGAAUAGUGACCACAGGGCUGUAAGGUUGAGGUGUGUGAUUAAAGCCAAGCUAAAUUAAAGCAGUCACUGGUACUGGAGUGUUUUAAUGAACUCCUUUAGUAAAAUGAAUCAACUACUUGUGUCUUUAAGCAAAGAAACUACACUUGGUUCCAACACGUCAGUGUCAGUUGAUUGUUUUCUGGGGAGGAAACGGGAAGCCACAGUGUAACCAUGGCAACCCGGCUGAACGUUUGUGCCUCAGUAACUUUUCUGUUGGCUUGGUUGUUUAUUCUACUUUAGUUUGAGGACGUGGACACAGUUACACGUGUACUACAACAAAAUGCACAAUAAAGAACAGGCAGAAAAAAUAAAAAGGCCAAGUUAUGUAAAAAAACAUCAAUGCCACAAAAACUCUGAUUAAUGAACUACAAACUGAAAUCGACCUCAUUCUCCUGUCUGACGUAACGAAGACUAAACAAACAAGCAAUGUGAGCGAUACUGACAAACGUUUGAUUUAAUAACACAACAAACCUGCAACCUUAAGCUGAGUGUUGAGUAGAUGCUGUGUGUGGAGGUUGACAGCCAGACUGAUCACUGCUUCUGCUGCUGGAUCCUUUAUUGUCUCGUCUCUCUGCUGAAUAUUUUGCACAAGAUCUAUGUAUUCACCUUUAUAAUUAAACAACCCAGAGUGAUGUCCAUUGACAGAUUAAGGCUUAAGUGUAAUUACACCUGCAUGUCACUUCACGGCCUCUCUGGGUCCAGGUUAUGAAGCAUCAGUGCAGUCGAGGUCUGGGUCAAACCGUAGCGGGUUUGUAGUUUACAGGUGUCUCUGUUUUAAUGUCAUCCAGUAGAAAUGAUGGGUUCUGGGGUGUGGCUCCAUGUCUUGGUCUUUUCUCCCUUCACUCAUAUGGUUUGUUGUUCAAUUCAAGCCCUGGAUAGAUCAGAGACCAGGCUGGAUGGAGGGUUCAAGCACAGCUGGAGCUUUUCUCGCUCUGAUGACAGUGAAGAGGAGAGGAGGCAUGAUGUGAGUGUGGUGAGCGCAGACGAGAUGGACAGACGGCAGCCGCCCUCCCCAGAGGAGAAAAAGUCCCCCACCCUUAGGCACUUCAGUCCCUCGGAUCCCUUGAGAACAUAUGAGAACCGGUCAAAUAAUCACGUGAGGCCUGUGAACAAGCGGCUCAGCUCCGACGUCCCUCUCACGGUAGCAACAUCCUCCCCUGCUCCCAGUAAAACCAGCUUCCUAUUCCUCAGUCAGACGCCAUCGCAGGGAAUCGUUCUACAAGGGCGUCACUUUCAGCACGCACAGGUUCCCACCUCAAUAAGGAAACCAGUCCAAAGCAGUCUGGACUUAAAGGAAAGAACCGACCUGUCAUCCACACAAGCUGUAGAAGUCGACAGCAUCGUCCUCACCUGCCCCGAGAUCCCAGCAAAUGAAACCCUGAGCAUCAAACGUCGAGUCCAGCAGAAGCGGAAGCCAUUGGAGGAUUUUCCUUCUCAGGCCAAAGCCGCAGAGCAGCCUCUUCGACCGGCCGUGUAUCGCACGCGCUGCGUGAAGUGCAACAAAGCGAGCGACGCUUGUGACCGGUGCCAGACCUGUGGGCACAGUCUGCUGCCGUGUCAACAGGUCACGCUCUCCUCCCCGACGCCUCGACCGCCCAUCAGAUCCCAGCUCCCGCCCGGACCGAACAGCCUGCAGAGCCCUUACAAGGCGCCCACGGCCAUGAGGGCUCCCCGCGGCGACACCCUGCCCCUGCGAGGAACCCUGCUGCCUCUCAACAACGGCCGCGCGCCCCUGUUGGCCGGGACGUCCAACUGCAGCAGAAGCAGAACCCUGGUCAAGGGGAAGAGGGCGGCGUCCCAGCAGCACCAGCUCAACGACCCCAUCGUCUUGUCCAGUGACGAUGAGGAGGAGACGGACGGCGGCGGGACAGGAAACGUCAACAGACUAGACAGCGUCUCCCCGAGGCCCGCGGACUCGGCUCACUCAUCGCCGGCGCCGUCCGGAGGCCGAGUGGAGGCGGCUGUGAAGAGCGCUGGGGAGCAGGACGAGGCCGGGCCUGAGUUUGUGUUUGAGGACGUCAACAUGAAGAUCACGAUCCCACGGAGAGCACGCAUGAAAGAUCAGUUCGGAAACCAACCUCCCGCUGAGAAGUUUUCUCCAAGGACAAAAAAGCCCAGGUUCGUGUCCACUAAGUGUGACAGCAUCAUCCUGGACUGCCGGAGUGUCCGAGUGGGAACGCUGCGCAGGAUGGUGACCAAGCCGGUCGUGUUCUCUGUGAACCUCAUCCAGCUGGAAACUGAAGGCCUGGAGGUUUGCCUGCGGGCGUCGGAGCUGAUCAGCUGCGAGUGGUGCAGCGUGAGAAAGCUUCCUGUCUUGUUCUUCCAGACGACGGUGGAGGAGUGCAGCCGCCUGCGAACGCACCUCAACAUGUCCAAGGAGAAGGGAGGUCAUUGGUACGACUGCAGCGGAGAUCAGUCCGAUGAGAAGUACAUCGUUCUUAUCUUCGAGAACGGCCUGGACAUGAAGGAGCAGAUGAUCCUGGAGGACAUCUUGGGGGAGAUCGGCAGCACAAACAACCUCAUCAACUUCCCCACCAAGCUGUCCUUCGAAGAGGCCAAUAUUCGCCUGGUCAACUACAACAAGGCGUCGAAGCAGAAGGAGGAGAAGGUGAAGCCGAUUCAACCUCCCAGAGGCGCCGCAGCCGCAGCCGCAGCCGCAGCCGCAGCCGCAGCCUCCCCCCCCGCGAGACCGCCUCCGGCCACGCAGGCCUCCUCGCUGGCGCCGCCCACGCUGCCCGUACAGACACGGAUGUCCACCCGGCAGCAGGCCGGCGCCUACUGUGAAGAGGACGAGGACGACAUGACCGACCUCCAGCCCACCUUCUCCGGACCAAUCAUCAAGUUGAUGGUGUAUCCUCCUCCUCCAGCCAAAGGUGGCAUCUCAGUCACCAACGAAGACCUCCACUGCCUUAAUGACGGAGAGUUCCUCAACGACGUUAUCAUAGAUUUUUAUUUAAAAUAUUUAGUUUUAGAGAAGUUGAAAAAAGAAGAUGCACAAAGAAUCCAUGUGUUCAGCUCCUUUUUCUACAAGAGGCUGAACCAGAGGGAACGAAGGAACGGUCCAGACACCACCAACCUGCCAAUCCAGCAAAAGAAGCACAACAGGGUAAAGACGUGGACGCGGCACGUGGAUCUGUUUCAGAAGGACUUCAUCUUCGUCCCCAUCAACGAGUCAGCUCACUGGUACCUGGCAGUCAUCUGCUUCCCGGGCCUCGACGGCCCUUUGUUUGAGAAGAACCCGCUCUACCACGGCCCCAUUCCAGCUUCCACAUCAGACGCUCAGCUGGAGGAGAACAUCCCGGACCACUGUCGCCCUCUGUCCCCGGACAGAGACGGGCUGGACAGCUCGUCGGAGCAUCUGUCCCCCGGCGUCCCCGAGGCGUCUGAGCCUGAGGACCUGGAGAACGCUGCCUUCACAGACGGCCAGCGGGACCUCAGCAGCACAGUGUCCGGCCCCGGGCCGGCCGACGCCACGCAACAGUACACGAGCGAGUUACACAGAAUCAGUGUUUGUUACAACGACGACACCUACACCUUCUCAGACGAGCAAAGCUCCUGUCAGGACGAGUGCAGCGAAGACGGGACUCUGGCCGAGGACACCUUCAGCGCAGACGCGUCCGGCUUGGCCGCCAAGCCGGACCUCUGCAAGCAGCCGUGCAUCCUCAUCAUGGACUCUCUUCGAGGUCCGACCAGGUCGACGGUGGUGAAAACUCUCAGAGAGUACCUGGAGGUGGAGUGGGAGGUGCGUAAAGGGAGUCAGAGGAGCUUCGGGAAGGACGUGAUGAGGGGGUCCAGCCCUCGUGUGCCUCAGCAGGACAACUUCAGCGACUGUGGAGUCUACGUCCUGCAGUAUGUGGAGAGCUUCUUUGAGAAUCCCAUUCAGAGUUUCCAUCUUCCAGUGAACCUGUCGGACUGGUUUCCUCAGCAGCGGAUGAAGACUAAGCGGGAGGAAAUUAAAAAGCUGAUCUUGAAGCUUCACACUAAACAAGAACCGGACCAGGUCAGCGCUCCGCUCGGUUCUCUCCCGGAGCCUGACACCGACGAGGAUUCCGGGUCGAAGGGGAAGUGGGCGGAGCUAGCCGUGGGCCGCUGAGACCCCCCGCUGCUCAGAGGAGGGAGGCACUGAUUGUACGCUGCUGGUUCCGUGUGUGAGACGGUCCUCCACGCCCUCCGUUAACCACAGACAUCAAACACACCUUUAAAUUUGUACUGAAUAAACACCAACUGUAAAUAUGCAGGAGUUUUCCUGCUGCCUUUGUAAUUAACUGUUUUAUGAUGCAUUCAUGAAGUGGCUCAUUAAGUUAUGUUUUCAUAGAUGUUCUUCUCUCCAGGACGGUCUGUGCAGAAGAUGCUUCUCACUCUUGCGUCAUUAUUUUUUAUGCUUUCAAGAUGUGUAGAGAAAGAAGAGAAUAAUAAUAAAACAUAGAGUUGCUGUUAUUUGUAGGUUAACCACCCACUGCUGACUGACGAGCCGCGUGUCGUCUGGUGCUUGUUGUGUCUCUUCCAUGUGGAGUGGAUGAACGUUUUCAGCAUUAAAAACUAAACUAGA